AUGCUUGCCUCUCGCCUCCAGCUGGCCGUGGCGGCCUUGGUUGUCAUUGACUUUGUCGCUGCUCUCCCAACCUCUUUUCUUCAGCACAAUCGUCUCGACCUCGACCACGAGCAGCCGUGGCGUCGUCCUCACUACCAAGUCUCCUAUGACUCUCGCCCUUUCUAUAUAAUCAACAACAUGACCGACUCGGAAUUGAAGGCCAAGCUCCAGUCCUGCGAGAACGGUCCCUGGAGCAUCACCGACUUCUCCAUUGGCCAUCGUGGAGGCGGGACUCUUCAAUUCCCGGAGGAGACGGUCGAGUCUACCAUGGCUGGUGCCAGAAUGGGCGCGGGCAUUCUUGAAUGCGAUGUCUCCUUUACUGCCGACCGUGGACUCGUCUGCCGACACUCCUUCUGUGAUCUGCAUACAACGACCAACAUUCUGCUAUACCCAGAGUUGGCCGCCAAAUGCACCGUUCCCUUCACACCUGCGAAUGCAACAUCUCCCGCCAAUGCGCUGUGCUGCACAUCAGACAUUGCAACCGCCGAGUUCAUCUCCCUCUGUGGCAAGCAGGACGGCUUCAAUGCCAGUGCAACGAACGUCCACGACUAUCAGUCCGGCACGCCCAACUGGCGGACUGAACUUUACGACACCUGUGGUACCGUCAUGACCCUUGAUUCCUACAUCACGUUGGUCGAGUCGAUCCCCGGCAAACGCAAAUUCACCCCAGAGCUCAAGACCCCGCCAGUACAAGUCCCGAUGCCGUUCAACGGCUACACACAGGAGCAGUACGCGCGCGACAUGCUAAACGCCUUCCUCGAGCGCGGCAUUGCUCCCGAGCGCGUCUGGGCGCAAUCAUUCCACCCGCCCGACAUCUACCAAUGGAUCACCGAGUACCCGGAAUUCGGCAAGCAGGCCAUCUUUCUCGACAGGGAUGGCGACACGCCCGCCAAGUACGCCGCGGACGUGGCGCGCCUCUCGAGCUUGAAAGAAAAGGGUGUCAACAUCGUCGCGCCGCCUUUCGCAUACCUGCUCACAACCACCGGCGAGGGCAACCAGACUAUCGUCCCCUCCACCUACGCGACCACAGCCAAGGCGGUGGGCCUCGAUGUCAUCGCGUGGACGUACGAGCGGUCCGGUCCGUUAGCGACCGUGGGGAGCCGCGGCGAGUACUACUUCGGCUCCAUCGGGGGCGCGGUGCAUUUCGAUGGCCAGUACUACGAGAUUCUCGAUGUGCUUGCGAGGGAUGUGGGCAUCAAGGCCAUCUUCUCGGACUGGUCGAGUACCGUUGGUUAUUAUGCUAAUUGCAUGGGCUUAAAAUACGGUGGGUUUUGA